AUGUCGAAUCCGUUUGUGUCGUUUAGCCAGGAACUUGGUGAAUACGCUGUCCACGACGAGGUGUACGAGGAGCCGGAGGACUUGCUUGAAAUCGAGGUCUGCAACCCCAUUACGCAUGGACACGGGACAAACAAGUACACCGACUAUGAGAUUGUGUGUCGGACCAAUAUACCGUGUUUCAAGAAACGAGAGAGCCGAGUCCGUCGACGAUUUAGUGAUUUUGUCAAGCUUAAGAAACUCCUUGAGAGUGACAACAAGAGGGUCGUUGUGCCGCCAUUACCAGAGAGUGGGUUGCUCACAUACAAGAAACGGUUCAGCGAGUCCUUUAUAGAGGAGCGACGUGUUGGCCUUGAGCAUUUUGCACAAGUAGUAGCCAGUCAUCCAUUGUUACAAACGGGUAGCAGAACUAUGGUGUCCUUUAUGCAGGAUGAAAUUUGGCAAAAUUCGGAUUAG